ACCCCACAUCACAACCACGACGGGUUGUCCGCAGCUCGCAGCCACCCCAAAGGGAGGAAUAAAGAACAGGAGCAGAGGGAAGCCGGGCGCAGAAAGAAGGGAAAAGGAAGAGCUCAGGGUUGGACAUUUUUGGAGACAGGGGUGGGGAGGAUAAAGGGAGCGUGCCUCCUUGAUUUUCCCCUCCCCACCCCUCUUUGCUUUUCUCUCCCCUUCCCUGUAUAGCAUAUUCCAGAAACGGCAGCAGAAAGGGACAGAAACCUCUAGUGUAGAAAAGGGUUUUGGAGGGGUAGCCAGAGCUCCCGCCAGCCGCUACCUAACAGCUGGAGCUUGAGUGUACGUGUAAGAGUGUGAAUGCGGCUCUCUCUCUCUUUUUCUCUCUCUCUCUCCCCUCUCUCUCCAUCCCUUCCUUCCUCCCUCCUUCUCCCUCUCCUUCACACUACAGUGUCAGCUACCCCUGUCAGUUUCCCCGUGUCAGUUUCUUCCCUAGCUCUUAUUGUGUGUGGCUGGCUGCGUGAAGGGAGUGGGUGCGCUUGAAGGGGCUCAGGUUGGGUUAGAGAGCUGGGAGAACAGGGUAGGGACAUUGGUAGAGCAAAGAGUUUCAGGGCACUGGCGAAAGUGAAAGGUGAGGAGGGCCGAUCUGUUACAGGCAAGUUUGGGAAUAACUGAGCAUCUAAAGGGGAAGCCAAGGUAGGAGCCAGUACUUGCGCUCUUCUUUACACCCCGCCCCUUUCCCUGUGCUCAUCCGCCCACCCACCCAUCAGCCUAGAGGCUCCGGGCUGUCCCAGUCGGCUGCUGUUUGCGCGCCGCAAAAGAGGAGUCCGGCAAGGCGCCGCACCACGCAUCCCGGCCCGUGGACACCCAGACGACACAGAUCUGAUCCGAAGAAACCACUUGGCUCAGGAUUUCUAAAUUGCUGUGAACCAUGGCCCAACUGUACUACAAAAAGGUCAACCACUCACCGUACAGAGACCGCAUCCCCCUGCAAAUUGUGAGGGCUGAGACAGAGCUCUCUGCGGAGGAGAAGGCCUUCCUCAACGCUGUGGAGAAGGGGGACUAUGCCACUGUGAAGCAGGCCCUUCAGGAGGCUGAGAUCUACUAUAAUGUUAACAUCAACUGCAUGGACCCCCUGGGCCGGAGUGCCCUGCUCAUUGCCAUUGAGAACGAGAACCUGGAGAUCAUGGAGCUACUGCUGAACCACAGUGUGUAUGUGGGUGAUGCAUUGCUCUAUGCCAUACGCAAGGAAGUGGUGGGCGCUGUGGAGCUUCUGCUCAGCUACAGGCGGCCCAGCGGAGAGAAGCAGGUCCCCACUCUGAUGAUGGACACGCAGUUCUCUGAAUUCACACCGGACAUCACUCCCAUUAUGCUGGCUGCCCACACCAACAACUACGAAAUCAUCAAAUUGCUUGUCCAAAAACGGGUCACUAUCCCACGGCCCCACCAGAUCCGCUGCAACUGUGUGGAGUGUGUGUCUAGUUCAGAGGUAGACAGCCUGCGCCACUCUCGCUCCCGACUGAACAUCUAUAAGGCUCUGGCGAGCCCCUCACUCAUUGCCUUAUCAAGCGAGGACCCCAUCCUAACUGCCUUCCGUCUAGGCUGGGAGCUCAAGGAGCUCAGCAAGGUGGAGAAUGAGUUCAAGGCCGAGUAUGAGGAGCUCUCUCAGCAGUGCAAGCUCUUUGCCAAAGACCUGCUGGACCAAGCUCGGAGCUCCAGGGAACUGGAGAUCAUCCUCAACCAUCGAGAUGACCACAGUGAAGAGCUUGACCCUCAGAAGUACCAUGACCUGGCCAAGUUGAAGGUGGCAAUCAAAUACCACCAGAAAGAGUUUGUUGCUCAGCCCAACUGCCAACAGUUGCUUGCCACCCUGUGGUAUGACGGCUUCCCUGGAUGGCGGCGGAAACACUGGGUAGUGAAGCUUCUAACCUGCAUGACCAUUGGGUUCCUGUUUCCCAUGCUGUCUAUAGCCUACCUGAUCUCACCCAGGAGCAACCUUGGGCUGUUCAUCAAGAAACCCUUUAUCAAGUUUAUCUGCCACACAGCAUCCUAUUUGACCUUCCUCUUUAUGCUUCUCCUGGCUUCUCAGCACAUUGUCAGGACAGACCUUCAUGUACAGGGGCCUCCCCCAACUGUCGUGGAAUGGAUGAUAUUGCCUUGGGUUCUAGGUUUCAUUUGGGGUGAGAUUAAGGAAAUGUGGGAUGGUGGAUUUACUGAAUACAUCCAUGACUGGUGGAACCUGAUGGAUUUCGCAAUGAACUCCCUCUACCUGGCAACUAUUUCUUUGAAGAUUGUGGCCUAUGUGAAGUAUAAUGGUUCUCGUCCAAGGGAGGAAUGGGAAAUGUGGCACCCGACUCUAAUUGCGGAAGCACUCUUCGCAAUAUCCAACAUUUUAAGUUCGUUGCGUCUCAUAUCCCUGUUCACAGCCAACUCCCACUUAGGACCUCUGCAGAUCUCUUUGGGACGCAUGCUGCUUGAUAUCCUCAAAUUCCUCUUUAUCUACUGCCUGGUACUACUAGCUUUUGCCAAUGGACUGAACCAGCUUUACUUCUAUUAUGAAACCAGAGCUAUCGAUGAGCCUAACAACUGCAAGGGGAUCCGAUGUGAGAAACAGAACAAUGCCUUCUCCACGCUCUUUGAGACUCUUCAGUCACUCUUCUGGUCUGUAUUUGGCCUUUUAAAUCUAUAUGUCACCAAUGUGAAAGCCAGACACGAAUUCACCGAGUUUGUAGGAGCUACCAUGUUUGGAACAUACAACGUCAUCUCCCUGGUAGUGCUGCUGAACAUGCUGAUUGCUAUGAUGAACAACUCCUAUCAGCUUAUUGCCGAUCAUGCUGAUAUCGAGUGGAAGUUUGCAAGGACGAAGCUCUGGAUGAGUUACUUUGAUGAAGGUGGCACCUUGCCACCUCCUUUCAACAUCAUCCCCAGCCCCAAGUCAUUUCUAUACCUUGGUAACUGGUUCAACAACACCUUCUGCCCCAAAAGAGACCCUGAUGGUAGACGGAGAAGGCGCAACUUGAGAAGCUUCACAGAACGCAAUGCUGACAGCCUGAUACAAAAUCAACAUUAUCAGGAAGUUAUCAGGAAUUUAGUCAAAAGAUAUGUGGCUGCUAUGAUAAGAAAUUCCAAAACAAAUGAGGGGCUUACAGAAGAAAAUUUUAAGGAAUUAAAGCAAGACAUCUCCAGCUUUCGGUAUGAAGUGCUUGACCUCUUGGGAAAUAGAAAACAUCCAAGGAGAAGCUUUUCCACUAGCAGCACUGAACUCUCUCAGAGAGACGAUAAUAAUGAUGGCAGUGGUGGGGCUCGGGCCAAAUCCAAGAGUGUCUCUUUUAAUUUAGGCUGCAAGAAAAAGACUUGCCAUGGGCCACCUCUCAUCAGAACCAUGCCAAGGUCCAGUGGUGCCCAAGGAAAGUCAAAAGCUGAGUCAUCAAGCAAACGCUCCUUCAUGGGUACUUCUCUCAAGAAACUGGGUCUCCUAUUCUCCAAAUUUAACGGUCAUAUGUCUGAACCCAGUUCAGAGCCAAUGUACACAAUUUCUGAUGGAAUUGUUCAGCAGCACUCUAUGUGGCAGGACAUCAGAUAUUCUCAGAUGGAGAAAGGGAAAGCAGAGGCCUGUUCUCAAAGUGAAAUUAACCUCAGUGAGGUAGAAUUAGGUGAAGUCCAGGGCGCUGCUCAGAGCAGUGAAUGCCCUCUAGCCUGUUCCAGCUCUCUUCACUGUGCAUCCAGCAUCUGCUCCUCAAAUUCUAAACUUUUAGACUCCUCAGAGGAUGUAUUUGAAACUUGGGGAGAGGCUUGUGACUUGCUCAUGCACAAAUGGGGUGAUGAACAGGAAGAACAAGUUACAACUCGCCUCUAAGUCAAGCCCUAAUCAUCUGUUCUGGAACUCAACAGAAAUUUGUAAUUUCCUUGCUCUCAGAGGUGACACAGAAUAUGAUUCCCUCACUGCCCCUGCCCCCGAGAAAGGAGAGUGAAACUCUUAUUUGCACCAUCUUUUAUAGCCACAUUCUCCAUUUUUGUUCUUGUUUUAUUAUUACUUUAUUAUUUGCCUUUUUAAUACCUAUACACACUAAGUCCAUCUUACAACCGACUGAAGGGGUGUUGCACCUAAUCAUCAGAGGUGCAGUUGGGUGCUUAACCUUUUUGCUUUGCUUUUCUCACCCAAGCUUCCUUGAAGCCCCAGGUGCCACUUUGCUAGUCUUGUUGCCGCACAGAUUCCUGACCAUCCUCAGAGUCUCAUGCCAUUUUCCCACAGAGCUGAGGGAUGUGGUCAGCAGUCCCCACCAGCUAUCAGAUAAGGCAAACUACCCUGCCCAUCUUUGUUGCCAUUCAGUGCUACGUGCUGCCCAUGCUGGGUCAAUGAACAGCAUCAAAGGGAGGCUGAAGAGAUUCCAAAGAAUUGUCUGCUUGUGGUUUCUAGGUAUAAGUGGCUUGUUUCGUUCUUAAAUACUACAACUUCUUAUUGUGGGGGCUGUUGAGUUUUCUUGUUUCUUAAAGAUGUGUUAGUUUCCUAAUGUGUGCCAAUGAAAUAUUUACCCCAUAGUAUAUGUCAUAUCUAAUAAGUUAGGCGAAUUAUUUUUCUGUGUUUGUGUGUUUCAAUUAACUUACAUUUGAAAAUUUGAUAGUAUGAAAAUCAGUAUUUAGAAUUUGUGCUAUUUUUUAAAAACAUCUACUACACUCUAACCAAUAGUCACUACAUCUCAUACAUUGGCAAGAUAAAUAGUUGUCAUAUUUGUUGGGUCCUAUUCUACUGUUGAUAGUUUUAAUUAUCAUUGCUAUCAAAUAAUUUCUAAGAUAAAAGCCUGAAUUUGAAAUAUUUUUAUCAGAAAAAUGGCAUAUUGCUGAAGUGUCAAAAUAUGAGAAAAGAGCAUCUUCAUUUUAAUUAAUUGCUUUAUAAAAAUGGCAACUUUAGGUAUAGAUAACCUAAUUCAGGUUGCAGUUUUAAUAUUCAUUGGGGGCAGUGGAAUUGCAUGUGUAAAUUAUGAUAUAUAACAUAACAACCCUAGUGGAUUCAUGGAAUUAUAAACGUGAUCCAAAUUCUACUGUCUUCCAAGAAAGCUACAUUUAUACAUCCAAACAAAUUCUUUUCCACAGCUUAAGAGUACCUCAUCAGAAUACAGUGGUUCAAGUUAAAAAAUAAAGUCCAUAAUGCAUAUGGUCAUCAUUCUAGACCUGAUAACCACUGAGAACCUGCUGAGCAAGGAUGGUUUUUACCAACGUUAGCACAAAGGUUUCCUCAAUUUAGACUCUAACAUAUGACCUGAAACAACUCUAGGUCUGAGUCCUAGAGAUUACAUUAAUAGUGUGUAGCCCAGAAAAGUAAAAUAGUUAGGUGUCACCCUGUUUUUUUAAUGUCAACACCAAUAGGAAUCCAUUUAGAUUAAUGUAAGUAAUUUCUGAUAAAAGUAAGAGAAAUGAGGAAUUUUCAAACUGCAAAUAUGCCUCCAAACUAGCUUUUGAUAGUGUGGUUUCUGUUAUUUGAAUGGAUUCCCAUCUCUGUCUCUAGCCUGGAGAAGAGCAAAAUGGAGGGGGAGGGGCCAGAAAUAGGAGGAGGUUUUGAAGAAUAAAGCCUCAGAUCCAGGGAAAAGUGAUCAAGUGAAAAAGCUGUAUCAAGACCCAUUUGGCAAGAGGUUGUCCGAAAAUAAUUCCUUGAUCAUAUCUGAAGUGGUUAUUUACUCAAAUCAAUUUCUCCCCUGCUUCACUAAGACUGUCAUAAAUGGCCUUGACAUUUAAUCACAGGUUACUUUCCAGAAAGGUUUCUAAAGUUACAGAUUCAGCUUUCCAAAUUGUCAAAUUCACUUUGAAUAAUAAUAGAACCUGGGCUACAUUCCUAACUCAUAUUAACAGCACCAAAAGAAAUAGCAUAUAAACCCAUUUUAUAAAAAGAAAAACAUGUUUUUCUCAGGUGUCUCACUUCUGAAAACUUAUGUAUAAGUGUUCUAGCAGUGACCUUAUCAACUUGUCAGAAAACAGGCUAGCCAGACAUGGAACUAUAUUCCAAAAGUCUUCUGUCACUUACGUUCUAAAGAGAUAAUAUGUGUAAAUCAAUCUCUACUAUUGAAAGAACCAGUGUCAUAUGUCACGGGAGUACAUUCCUUUUCAGAUCUUCUCAGGGUUAUCGUUGUGACUUGGGCUUAACACUUCACUAGCUAUAGUGAAGCCUCAUUUAGGAUGGGGGUUAAAGCUAAACAGCUAUUGCCCUAACUUCCAUGUUGGUGACACCAACAUUUUUAUUAACUCUAAUUCAGUACAAAGUAGGAAAGGAAAAAGAUUUUGUUCACUUCCUUACUCUCUUGAUCAAGUAUCAUAAAAGGUAUUUCAAGUGAAAAUGCUUAGGUAUAUCCUCUGACCCCAGAGGAGUUAUAAGCCAACUUGAGAGUAAAUUUAUAAACAUAAAAAGUUAAGAACUAAAAGAGAACUUUAUAAAGGAUCUACUCUAUUCCAACCUCAUAUUUUACAAAUAGAAAAUAAAGAGGCCCAGAGAAGGACAAUGACUUGCUCAAGGUCACAGAGAUGGUCAAUAAACUCAAGUCUUCUAGAUUAUAGAAGACAUUAGUAAGCAUAUAUGUUAUAUAUAGAUGUGAAGUGGCCACUACAGACACCCUUUUGUUCAUUUGCCAAAAAUGCUGUGAACUCCAAAAACUUCAGACUUACAUAUUUAAAUGUGAAGUUAAAAAUGUACUGCAAAGUCAAACACAAAUACAAAAAUAAUUUACUACUUAUCUAAAAUAUCCAUAUCAUGUUCCACCUACAUUACAGUUGGCUUAUCACUUCCGGACACCUUGGAUUCAUUUAUUUGAUCUCAUAAAGUCUCCCUAAUAAUAAAGGUAAAAAUUACAAAGAAAAUAUUUGAAUUAUAUUAGAAAGUGACCACUGUUGAAGUAUCUCCACUUCCAGCUUUAUGUCCAGUGAAAUACAGGGGAAAGACUCUAAAUUUAAAAUCAUUUUUGGAAAAUGCCAAACUUUACAGGGAUAUAAAUGCUUCAAGUUUUGCUUCUGUCUACUGACAUGGAGAUAUUAAAAAAUUCCCUGUUCUGCCUCCAUCAUUUUUCAUUCCACUGUGACCUAACUUAGGCUAUUUCAAGCUAAGUCGUAAAUACCUGUCUGCAAUUUGAUUAAAUAAUUUUUAAAAAACGAACGCCUCCACUUUUCAAAUGACUUAAUACCUUUUCCAAAAAGAACUUUAUAGUUCUUAUGGCAGUGCAAACCUCAUCUGAAAACUUCACUGGGAACUUUAGAGAUAAAUACGAGGCCAUACCUUAGCCUGAAAAUACAAAUAACCAUUGGCAUUCAUGUUGCAUCGUGGGUGAAUCUCGUGUGGUGUUUUGACUAACAGUUUUAGUGCCCCAGACCUUGGUUUGUUACAUCAUCAGGUAAAAAGUACUUGAAGAUAGGCAGCAAAUCCUUUGUUUAAAAGUACCUUAGAAAAAUUGAGGCUGGGCAUGGUGGCCCACUCCUGUAAUCCCAGCACUUUGGGAGGCCAAAGUGGGUGGUUCACUUGAGUCCAGGAGUUCGAGAUCAGCCUGGCCAACAUGAUGAAACCCAUCUCUACUAAAAAUACAAAAAUGAGCUGGGCAUGGUGGUACACGCCUGUAGUCCCAGCUACUUGAGAGGCUGAGGCAUGAGAAUCACUUGAACCUGGGAGGCAGAGGUUGCAGUGCGCUGAGAUCACACCACUGCACUCAAGCCUGGGCAGCAGAGCGAGACUGUCUCAAAAAUAAAUAAAUAAAGGUACCUAAGAAAAAUUGAGUAUAUUUUCUUGGUAAUCAAGUUUUCAAGAUUGCUCAUACAGACAUAGUCAAUGCAAAUUGAUCCAAGUGUUCAGAUCAUCUAAAUAACCUCUUCAUACCUACUUCACAGCUCUCCCUACCUUUAAUCCCUGCAGCUUUGCUUCAAAACUAUGGAUAUUUUAGAUUGUUUCUUUGGCUUACUUUAUCUAGAUAAUUGCUCCAAAUAUCCACCUUGUUGGUGUAGAACUCGGCAGUGGGAUCUGAGUACCCCAAAUGAAUGUGAGCUUUACUUUAGCAGAGAGAAACAUUGUUACCAUUAUAUUUCCAACUAACCUUCCAGUAACUUUUUUUCCAACAGAUGUGGGUUUUGGCUUGCUUUGCCUUUUGAGGGAUGUCUGUAAAAGUGAGAACGUGUCUGUGUAUAUACAUAGACACACAUAACAAAACUUAAUAGCAUUUGAUUGUUCUGCCUUUGGCACUUUACCCCUUUAGGUAAUUACUAGAUCAUUUUGAAGAGAGGGAAGCAAGAAUAACUUUUCAAUGGAGACAUUUCCUGAGCUGUGAGGAACUGCCAAAAUGAACUGCCAUGACAGCAUCUUCUGUAGCACUUUUAUAUUGAGAGCUAUCAAGAUUUGAGGUUCCUGGUUUUGUUUAAAAAAAAAAAGCAUUUAGGUCAGAAUAACUUACCUGGAAGACUUAAAUAUACACAUUUUUGGCAAAAUAAAGUAAGUCUGCAUACUUCAGAUUUACUGUAUACCUGAAAUUUGGUGCAUACUUGAGGUGUUAAUAUUCAUUCAUACGCUGGUACAUGGCCUAGGAUUUUCAUCUGUUGUGUGGUGAUCCAGAGGAGGUGUUAGUGGGUGCCUUGUGAGAGCUUUACUUUUAGAAAAUGUAAGAAACAGAGUUAACUGCUGGAAUGAUAGAGGGGCAGCAAGCCAGUGUGCUCUAGCAUCUUUAGGCUCAGUAUUUGUGUUAUCCCUAACUUGAGUGGAUUUGUAUCUUGUACUUGAUUAUUGGAUCUGAGUUGUGUUCAUUCUUUUUCUAAAGAUAUACCAUCAACAUUUGUGGUACCUGAGAGACAUAUACAUAUUAAGAAUUAUAAUAUUUAAAUAUAAAACUAAGUGGAAUGCCCUUAUGCCAAAAAGCUAGUUUUCUUAUAUGAUGUGAAAAGAUGUGAAAGCUCUAUAGAGGCUUCCUGUUACUACACAAAUAAAUGGCAAACAAUUUCUGUAGGAACAUAAACAGCCCACAACUUUUGAUCAUUGAAAUCAACUGUCAUACAUCCAUGAAAGUAGCAUGUAUCUGUCCUACCCUCCUCCCCCUCAAAGAACUUUCUUUAUAACUCCAGUGACUUGAUAGAACCAAAAAAGACUAACUGAAGUAGGUUAGAAUGGCUUGCAAUGUGAAGGUCAUUUUCACCAUUUUUCAGCAUAUUUGCCCUUUGAUUUUAGCAGGUUUUGGGGCAACCUAACAUCCCAGGAGCUUACAUACAUACACACAAAAGGCACUGUCCUCAGCGGCACUUGAACGAAUAUGUGGCAGUGUGCCUUUUAUUUAAGCCUAAGGUAGCCAGCCAUUUGAAAGUACAAUUAAGCUGGGAUUGGCCAUUUUAUAUCUUUUCCCAGAAGUUCAAUAUAUCCCCAAAAUACUCAUUGCCAUCAAUUGCCUUCCAACCUAGGAACCCUCUUGACAGUUCUCCAGUCUUACACAACUCUUAAAGCUGACCCUUGGAAGGAAGAAAGGAGGCUUUGGAUUUUUGCUGGGAUUGGGAAACUUAGAUGGUGAUAGUGUAGUAAAGAGACAAUUGGAAAAGCUUUUGAAGUAAGGACAAGUGAGGAUAUACACUUUAAAACAUGGGGCUAAACCACCAAAUUGUCAAUUUUUUGGAUGGCCAAAUUGAGAUGAAUCACCUGAAUUAAAAAUGUAAUUUAAAAUGGUUAAUUAAAACAUUAGCAUCAUCAUUUCUCCUUUAAUGAAAUUCAAAAAAAUGCAACAAUAUAUGAAAGCAGAACUACCGGUAAAUCAUUUUUCAAAUUUUGGGUCAUAUUUGGGUUAAAUUUCAGAUGUUAACAAGUUCUCAACUUUGGGAUCACUGUAAAUAUAAGUUCAACACACCACAUCCAUAAUGCAAUAUCACAGAUGGGCUUUCAUAAAUAUGUACACUUUAGCCAAUUGGAAAGAUCACUUCCUUCAAAUUUUAUCUAAGAAAUAAAGUGGGUUUGUCAAAACAACAUGAAAGAGAAAUGAAAGGUAAGGAAGGGUACUAUGGCAAAAAGCCAGAUUAUGUAUCUGCUGUCAUCUUUUAGCAUCAUAAAUUUGGAAUAAACAUAAAAUAGGAUAAUGACUGAUAUUUUCAUAAACAUACCAGAACUUAUGCACCCAAAUGAAUGUGGUCCUUUAAAGUAGUCACCUUAAAAAGCCAUACCCAUAUUCUAAUGAUGCUGCCAUUACUCAACCCACUUUGGACUUCUGCUUUUGAAAUGACUUUCAAAGUCUACAGUACGAUCUCUGAAUAUCCUCAAUGGUAGAAAAUCAUGAUCCUGCAAGAUUAAAUUUUUAGGAAUUUAGAAAUUGCCAAAAGUAAUUUUAGAUCCACACUUGGUAAAACAUGCAGUAGUCAAGAUGAGUACCACUUUCUCUGGUUAAAAACAAACAAACAAACAAAAAAAACAUUUUCAAGUGCUAUUACACAAUAGGCACUUUCAUAGGCGCAAUUAUAAAAUAAUGAGAUUGUCUCUUGUGGGAUUUGUAAGGGACCUGGAACUGUUCUUGGGAAUCUAGUUUUUUUCCCCUAAUUAACUUUAUUGAGGAAUGAUUUAUGUACAAUUACCUGCAUUCAUUUAAAGUGUACAAAUUGGUGAGUUUUCAGAGUUGUAUAUACCUCUGGAAGCACCAGCCAAAAUCAAGUUAUAGAAUAUCCCCGUCACCCCCUCAAGAAUGCUUGUUCCCCUUUGUAUCCUGGAAUCUAGUUUCAAUUAUGCUUGGAGCAGUGGUAGCCUUACAUGAAUAAGCACAUAGCCUCCUGAAGAGAACACUUUAAAGAGCAAUAUAUUUAGAUAGAGAAGCUUCACUGAUUUGGGAACAACCAUAAUGAUUAACCCUUUGUGUUUAAAUAGUAAAAUACAUUGAGUUCCAAUGGCUUAUGCUGUAAAUAAACUCAGAAUUGACUCCUCAAACUUAUUUGAUCCUUAAGAAAUGACACUGUAUAGCACAGAGGCUCUGGUGACUAGGCUGUUAUCAGGGAGAGGGACAGUAAAGAAAAACCACUCACCUCCAUAGAGAACAGAGGGGAGGAUUUUGGACUCAUAAGAACCCACGGUGGCAGAAGCAAUGGAAAGAAACUCUAAUGGGAAGAUGACAGCUAGCUAGCUGAAUGUGUUCAGGUCAUCUGAAAGUCACAGAUUCAGAUUAGGUAUUUCCUGUAUAAGAUCUAGUCACAGUAUUUAAAGUAUAGCCUCAUCAUGUUGUGGCCACACCUUGUAGGACCUCCUUGUAAAACAUAUUAAGCAAUCAGUUUAAAUAUCCAAGGCAACGUAACCUGUAGUCCAAUAAUCAGUGAUAACUGUGCUUAGCAUUACUUGGGCAGGAGAAGCAGCCAGAAUUCUCAAGUGUCUUAACAGGAUAAGUGGGACCAAUGACACCAAAAUGAAUAUUAUGUGAGCACAUGAAGAGUCCUCUAAACCCAAAGGGUUAACACAUCAGUCUGUGGUUUAAUGUAAAAGGAAAUUCAACGAGAUAAAUUAACUUUAAAAUUAACUGUUCAAAUUACUACCUUAACAAAGUAAAAGUAAAGCUGUAUCUUAUCUCAACAGUAAAGACACAGACCUUCCCCAGGACACUUCAGAUAAGGAUAAACACAUCCGUCUCAAGCAAAUACGUUUUAGUUUGUUUCUUAUAAUAGGAAUGCACACCAGAGGUACUAUUCAACAGAACAAUAGUUAAACUCUUCACAGGAUUCUAUUUAUUCCAUAUUUCUAAAAAAUGGGGUUGAAAUUAGGGAUGGGAGUUUCUUUCUACUCAAAACAAUGAAUGCAGUCUGCAGCUACAAACUAACAUUUGGUAGCAGGAAGGAGAAUACUAGAGAAUACGGACUAUGUGUAAUUCACCUUCUAAGCCUAGUUGGCAGCCCCAACCACAUAUCACCAUGUAGAAAGUGUGUCAAAUUUCAGUUUAAAAUGAUACAUCUCGAGCAUAAUCAUGAAAAGGGAAAAUUCCAAAUGUGUCUGUGUAAAUGACACUGGCUUUGAAGACUAUUUUAAAAGUGGAAAUCUCUUUGAAUUAACUAUUACUUUUAUUUAAACACUUUCUGUAAGUGCACAGUGUCAAUCUUAAUGUAUUAAAAAGGAUCUUGUACAAUAAAAUAAUUUUGUGUAUUUUUAGCUUCAGUAUCAACAAAAUAAAGUAUUUACUUUUUUCCCCUGAAA